UUUUGAGUGUAUCAGCUGUUUUCUCUGCUUCUUCUUUCUCCAGCUGUAUUUAAUUUUUUGUUCACUUGCCAUGAACGAUCCAAACAAAGCCAUCAGUGUGAAUCUCUCCUCGCUGCUCAGCUUAAAGGCGGAAUUGCUAAGGAAGCAGCAUGAAGUCAGACUGGCCAAGGCCACCAAGGCAUCCGCCACCGAGUUCCGGCCCAACAAAAGCAGCAGCGACAACAAGGAUAAAUCCACAGAUCGCGGCUACAAGAAGGUCGAGAGCAGCGACGACGGCACCAAGGUGUACGAGGCGGAGGACCAGGCUCAGUUGGACAAAUCCCGACGCGUCCUGGAGGCCAAGAGCAAGUUCUACGACCGAAUGAGCCGCAGCGGCGGCAACCUGAACUCCGAUGACAACUGCCUGGUGAUGUUCAACCGCAAGAAGCAAGAGGCGGACCAGGAGCAGUCGCCGCAGAGGUGUGAUUCCCGCCAAAGGCUGAGCAGCAGCAGCAGUUCUGGUUCCAGCACAGAAGAUGAGGGUCAGGAGGAUGACGAGGUGGAGUACGUGGAUUGCCUGGGACGCACACGAAAGUGUAUGCGAAGGGACCUAAAAGAGGCUCAGCGACGCGACAGGCAGCUGGCUGACAGCAUGCCGGAGCGCCUGGAUCAGACCAAGGCCAACUGGAUGAUAGACACCAAAGGCAACCGCGAACAAGGCCGUGCCCAUAACAGCGAUAGCGACGAUGAUGGUGAGCCCAUCAUUGGACCACGACCCACGGAAAGUGUCUUCAGCGAUGCCCUGUCCACAAUGACUAAACACGAUGAGCAGCGCUUGAACUGGGAGCGCAAAGAGGUGGAGAAUUUCGACAAGCCCGAUGUCCACUACCAGGAUGUCUUCUUCGAUGAGGCGCGCACCCACGGCGUUGGCUACUAUGCCUUCUCCACGGACGAGGACGAGCGCAGGAAACAGCAGCUGGAGCUGGACGAAGCCCGCAAGGCCACGAACGCGGAGCAGAGCCGGCGGGACGAGAUGCGCGCCAAACGGGACACCCUUGUGGCGGACCGCGUUCUGGCGGCCAAGAACAGGAUACGGGCACGCAACGGCUUGCCACCGAUCAGCAAGGAGGACUACGAGCUUGAGCAACAGCAGAGGAAUGCGGAAUCAGCGGCCGAAGCCGCAGAACGUGAGCGGGAAGAGCAGGAAAAGCAGGCAAUUAUUGACAAAAAAAAGGCAAAGGAGGAAGCCGAACUGGAGGAGUUACGCAAAGAGCACGUACGCGAUUGGGACAAGGACAAGCCUGGUGUGUCUAAAACUCGUCUCGAUGCGGAUGGCGAAGAAGCCCCAGAGGAAGAGUGGAAGUACAAGGCCGAGAGGCUGCCCAUGUCCCAGGAGGAGUGGAACGAGAAGCAGCGGGCCCAGCGGCAAGCAGAGUUUGCUCCGAUGCAGGAGCCCGUUUCCCUUAAGCGCAGCAACUUCAGCAGCAUGCCACCACCGCCGUCAGCGGUGUGGCACAGCGGCCAGGAGCCAGAGUUUCACAACUUCCACAGCACCAGGCAGGAGAAGAAGUUCCAACGACGCAACUAUGCAGCCUGCAACGAUGAUGAUCACGAUCAAGUGCCCGGUUCUUCAGUCCGUGGUGGCCUGGGUGCAGCUAUUCCUCCACCUCCUGGUUUGGAUGACUUCGCUGCACCACCCACAGCGAAACGGCCCAAGAGUCAGGCCGAUCUAGAGCGCUCGAUCGAAGCGGGACUGCGCUUCCUGCGCGACAACUGCGACAAGGGCGUCCUGGGCAACAAGGCCACCUGGACGGCCAAGGCGGAUUACUAAGUUAAGGCAAGGCUUACCCUUCAUUUA